AUGGAGAUGAUGGAGAAGCGCAAGGAGGAAAUAACACGCAGACCUCUUUAUGUUUAUGAUCUCCCCAAAGAUAUCCUCACAAACUUGGUUCGAAAAGAAGGCGACGGGCCAGCUGCACAAGAAGACGCCUCGGAAACGGACAGUACUACAGAUUCGCGCCCAGAAUCGAGGGCAGAAAGUUCGGAUGGGUCGAAAUCAUGUUCGCUGUGCGGUGUUAUGUUCUAUAACUUAGAUGACCAGCGACGGCAUGUGCGAUCGGAUUUGCACGGUUAUAAUUUGAAGCAACGAUUGCGAGGCGCGAAACCUGUCACGGAGAAUGAGUUUGAGAAGUUAGUUGGGGAUCUUGACGAGAGUCUAUCGGGUGAGGAUUCGACGGAUUCUGAGGAAGAGGAGGCGGGCCGGAAAGAAACCACCUUGAGCGCGCUGUUGAAGAAGCAGGCUGCGAUAUCGACUACGGGAACCGAGGAGGCGGACGAUACUUUCUCGAGGAAACGAAAGAGAGGGCCUGGAAAAGCGCCUGUUUACUGGUUCACGAAUCCUAUAUUACCUCCCAACACAUAUCUAGGAAUAUAUCGAGCGAUAUUUUCGACUACGGAACAGGAGAAUGAAGGGGCUAUUUUGGAUAUAAUACAACAGAAGCAGUUAAAGCCAAAACCACAGAAAGCGCAGGUAAAGAUACCUUUAGAUGCAAAAGGCGUUCCCCUACCGGAAGCAUAUAAGGAACCUCAUAUAUUUAUGUGUAUGAUUGGGGGUGGACAUUUCGCGGCGAUGGUAGUCGCGUUAACUCCCAAGCAAACGAAGCACGCCUCGGCUGGUCCAUUGGUGAAGGAGGCUACGGUCAUUGCACAUAAGACUUUCCAUAGAUAUACAACACGGCGGAAACAGGGAGGUUCGCAAUCGGCGAAUGACUCUGCGAAAGGUGCUGCUCAUUCGGCGGGUGCUGGUAUUCGACGAUACAACGAGCAGGCUCUUAUCGAUGAGGUUCGGCAGCUACUUCUGGACUGGAAAGGGAUGAUCGACACUUCUGAACUGUUGUUUGUGAGAGCUACUGGAACUACAAAUAGACGGACGCUUUUUGGGCCGUAUGAGGAUCAAGUUCUGCAUCAGAAUGAUCCGAGAGUGCGGGCGAUUCCUUUUAAUACGAGACGAGCAACACAGAAUGAACUGUUACGGGCUUAUGUGGAGCUUACUCGUGUGAAGGUCCUGGAAGUUGAUGAAGCAGCUAUCUUGGCCACGAAACAAGCAGCGGAAGCGAAGCAGGUUGCGAAAGCUGCCAAACCUGUAGCUCCAGCUGCUCCUAAACGAUCGGAAGAGGAAGAAACGGCAUUACUUCACACAACACAGAUACAAGCACUUAUACGGCGGUCUAAGCUUCCCGCCUUAUUAUCGUACCUGAAAUCGAAUGAACUAUCACCGGAUUUUCGAUUUUCGCCACCAGAUACACAGCAGAACUAUCACGCACCUACUCCACUUCAUUUAGCUUCUUCUCUGAACUCGACACCGUUAAUCACCGGGCUGCUGGCCAAGGCUGGUGCUGAUCCUACAAUCAAAAACAACGAAGGUAAAACAGCUUUUGAGAUUGCAGGAGACCGACAAACUCGUGAUGCUUUCCGGGUUGCUCGUCACGACUUGGGCGAAUCCGCCUGGUUAUGGGACGAAGCCAAAAUCCCAGCACCAAUAUCUCGUGCAGAAGCGGAAUCACGAGACAAGGAGCAGAAGGCAGAAGAAUCAAAGAUUGAAUCAGAACGACGGAAAGCCGAAUUGGAAAGACUCAAGACCGAAGGUCCUCAAGUUUCAGACAGUAACGGGUUAGGUAAAGCAGCAGGACGAGGAAGACAGAAGGUUCUCGGCGAAGUAGCGAAGACCGCUCAGCAGAAACGAGAAGAAGAGGCACGUGGUUUAACUCCCGAGAUGAGGAUGAAACUUGAUCGAGAGCGGCGAGCCAGAGCUGCAGAGGAGAGGAUGAAGAAGUUGGCUGGUGGUUCUUAA